UUGGAUAUACUUUGAUAAUACUUUUUUCAUCAACUAACAUGUUCAUGGGAUAGCGAAAUCAUAUUAGUUUUAUAUACAUGUUAAUCAUAUUUAUUCAAUAUUAAAUCUUUUUAGCUUUUGAUACAGCAUGCACUAUUCGAGAUCAGCAUUCUCAUACAAAUGUCGCUGCUAACAAACAAGCGGGAACCUCAACAAAUGCAAUCUCGAGUGGCCCUUACUUCAACACACAAUUAAGUGUGCUCCAAAAUCAACCAAAGAGAAAAAGAAUAGCCACCAAUUUGGAUUCUUUGGGUGUGAAUCUAUUGACCAAAUUUUCAGAGGAUGCUCUUAUGUUUGACAAUGAAGUUGAUGGGCAUAAUCCUUGCAAAACAAUUUCACCAUCAUCAGCUCAAGGCACAUGUUACACGAACCAAACUCAAGCAUUAAAUUCAAAUCAAAGUGUGAGCAUACAUGAAACAUAUGAUCCACAAGUAAAUCAAGAAAUUGAUUCUGAUAGUGAUAUUGAUCAAUUCGAAGGUUUAGCUCCCGAUGAUGACAUCAGUUCAAGUGAAGAGUUACCCGAUACUCAUGAAAACACUACAGAAUUUAAUUUGGGUCAAGGUAUUAAUUAAAUAAUUUAAUAUAAUUUAACUCAUACUAACCACUGUGUAAUAUUUAUAUUAAAUUUAAAUUCUUUCUAGGAUACUUUGAUAUUGGAGAUCCACUUAUUCAGUGCGACAAAUGCAAGGCAUGCAUGUGGUAUCAAGAAAGAACUGACAAACAUAGAGACACUGUGUCACCAAAGUAUAAUCUUUGUUGUAGAAAGGGAAAAGUUCAAUUGCCACUGCUUAAGGAUCCCCCUAUGCUUCUCCAGCAUCUUUUAUUUGAUAACGAUGUUGAUAGCAAAAACUAUCAACAACAUAUUAGAGUGUACAAUAUGAUGUUUGCAUUCACAUCGCCUGGUGCAAGAAUUGACAAGUCCGUCAACGAUGGUCGAGGCCCGCCGACAUUCAAAAUACAGGGCCAAACAUGCCAUCGAGUGGGAAGCAUGUUACCUAUGCCAGGUCAACAUCCAAAGUUUGCUCAGUUAUACAUAUAUGAUACUGAGCAUGAGAUAGAAAACAGGAUUCGAGGAAUAAGAAAUCGAAAUGACAUAAAUGAAGAGAUUGUGUGCAAAUUAUCAGCGAUGCUACACCAAUACAAUGUGCACGCAAAAUCAUUUAGGAUGGCUAAGGAAAGAUUGCAAGAUGCACCUGUGCGAGAUCUACGACUAAAGUUGAUUUCUGACAGAGUUAGCGAUGGUCGAGUAUAUAAUCUGCCAACGGUUUCAGAAGUUGCUGCUCUUAUUGUUGGAGAUGUUAACACUUCAUCAAAAAGGGACAUAAUAAUGGAGACGCGAAGUCGUACACUUCAGCGAAUCAGUGAAUUGCA